GGAGAGCUGGUGGGUCGGAGAGGGAGGUGGACACUGUUCUACAAGACUGCCCUAGGACCACCAGGAGGCCAGUUUCCACUCAGCCUGAUCUCAAGGAUAUUCUCAAUGUUUUUAGGACCUUAAAACAGCACUGGCUCAAGCAGGAAUGCUGCUCACCCAGCAGGCAGGCACAAACCCAGCAACCUUUCACUCCAGCCAGGUCCUGGGUCAAAGGUGGGCCUGCUCCCUCCCCACCUCCAGCCCUGACCUUGCUUAGGGCCUCCCUCCUGAACUGGCCCCUCCACUAGCCUUCCUGGCCCACCAGCCAGCUCCCUCCAACUAGCCCUCCACACUGCAGCCAAAGGGUGGGGUCACAUCACAGGGACUAUGGCCCUCUCUGGUCCAGGGCCCUUCUGUGGCUCCCUUCUCUCCAGGCUAGUCUAAGUGUCCUAACAAGGCCUCCAAGGCCUAUAUGUUCAGACACCAGCCUCCCUACCCAUUCAUUCAAAAAAGCCCCCCAGCCCCCAGUCGGGCACUGUGCCCAUUCCUCACUGCACCCUCCACCUCUAACCCUCUUCACAACCUCUGACCCUCUCUACAACCUCUAGUGCCCCAGGCAGCCGUGCUGCAGUUUGGGACUCUGCCCAGGAACACCCUUGCCUCUCCACCCUCCUCAUCUUCCUGGCCAACAGGAAGCUUUCCCGAACCCCUUCCUGUCCUCCCAGACCUGCCCCCCCGGCUCUCACACUGCCCUGGGGCACAUCUCUGGCUGCAUUUACUACCCUCAUCUGUGACCUUGUAUCUGAGGGUCGGCCUCAGACCUCUCUCCCUGAUCCUGGGAGGUCCGAUACAGGCAAGUGUGACCAAUGAGUAAAGGAGCAACUGAGUAGCCAGAGCAGGGCAAAGCAGCAUUUCACUCAACUGAUCCCCCAACUCUAAACUCAUCCCAGACAUUUCGGCACAUGGUGGUGGGUAGGCCAAAGAAAACCCAACACACGUGGCCUGGCUCCAAACACCCCCGCCCCCCACCUCUUCACUCAAUAGGCUGCCUCCUGGCUCCUCUUUAAGUUCCUUCUUUCCUUUCCCCUGCAAGACCCCUCUAGGGCCUCACUUUCUUCUGUAGGUCUACCCAACUCCCUGUGACAUUUUUUACUCUCCCCUCAGUCCCGAGGGAGUUCUUUGAGGACAGAAAUCGUAUUUUAUCAAUCUUGUGUCCUCUGCCUCUCCAUGACCACGUUUGAUAAAUGCUGGUUGAAUGAAGGCGUGUGUGAUAAAUGCGGCACUGUCUCAGCUCCCUACUUUACCUGACAGACCCUUUAAAGGCAGGAUCCCUUCUCAAGUACCCAACCAUUCGUGGCCGUUAAGAGUCCGCUCUGUGCCAGGCACUGAGCCAGGUGCUUCUACAGGCACCCUUCCUCACUCUCUGCCUUCCCUCCCACCUCGCCCCCAGAUGGGAGCGUUUUCCUGCAAGGUUCGCUGGCCGCCUCAGCUUCAGCUGCCCUCCACCUGUGAGUGGAUGUUUAUGGAUAUCCAGCUCAGCUGCUCUCCCCCAACUGCAGUAUGGCCACGGGUGCUGAGCAUUUAGUGCCUCCACCUCACUUAAUCCUAACAGCCUAUGAGGUGGGCAUAGUAUUAUCUGAAGAGAUCAAGGUCCUGAGAACUUUGGUGAUGAGUCCCAAAUCAUACCUCUAAGUAGCAGGGUCGAGAUUCAAACCAGGUAUGUCCAAAUCCCAGGCCCAUCACACAGAUAACCACUAGCCCAGACCAUCUGGAUGUCUCAAGUGCUCUAAACUUGCAAAUCACAUGCCAGAUGCAGGAUGCCUUUUUGUUAAAAGGGUGGAGGAGCGAGCAGACCUCUCUCCUUCGACAUGUUCAUCUCAUACAUAGAGUUCACUCUCUGAGGAAUGUUACUCCUGUCCACCUAGCUGCACAGGCCAGAAACUUGGAAGUCACCUGGUCUAACUUCCCAAACAUAACCAAUCCCAAACCCAGUUCUGUCCAUUUUUGUCUCUAAAUAUCUCUUGACUCCACCUGACUCUCACAUUCCCCAUCCCCACCCCCUGGCUUCUUUCUGGCCACCACCAUCUCUCACCACAAUGGUUUCUUCACCUUAGUCUUACCUCCACACACAGCAUGGUCUCAAUGCUAUCGCUAAAACAUAAACCUGGCCAUAUCAUUCUCUUGCUUAAAAUCCUUCAGUGGCUUCAGAACAACUUUGUCCUCAGGAUAACUUCCAGAUUCUUUAUCUUUUCUUAAAGGCACUUAUUCUUUCUAGUCCCUGCUAAGUCUUUGCACGUGCUGCUCCUCUUCCUGAGAACAACCUCUCGUCCUCAUCUCUAGCCCUUCAUCCUGCUGGCGACCUUCUCUGCGCGCCCCCUCUCCCACGGGUUAGUUACACCUGAUGUGUGCUUCCACGUACUUCUCACGUUUUAGCAAUUGACACACUGCUUUGUCAACGCUCUACCUCACUAGAGAGUAUCAUCAUUAAUUUGCCCAUCCUUUCAUUAACUGAAUAAAUAACACUAGUUGCGUCACAGUUACAUACAUACACGAUACAGACUCGGACCUUACUCUCGAGAACAGGAACCGUCUUCUUUGGCGUCUCGGCGCCUAACAGCAGUAGCCUCAACACGUUUGUCGAACUUACCGAUCGAACGCGCCUCCGAGAGACGGCGACGCCGCGCGGACUUCUGGGAAUCGUAGCCCGCCGGUUCGGACCUCCCUUUAAGGCGCAGUCGUAUUCGGAUUCAGGCGCUUUUGCUCUUAACGCGCAUGUCCCGGGAGGCGGAGUGGUGGAACUGCGCAUGUCGAAAGACUGGGGGUGCGGCCGAAAAGGAUGUACGCUGCCGAGGCGGGGCUUUGGUGACACCCGGAGGUUGCGGCUGAUCGUUGCCGGACUGAAAGGAUGGCGGGGAGGGGGAAGCUAAUUGCGGUGAUCGGAGACGAGGACACGGUGACUGGCUUCCUGCUGGGCGGCAUAGGGGAGCUUAACAAGAACCGCCACCCUAAUUUCCUGGUGGUGGAGAAAGAUACUACCAUCAAUGAGAUCGAAGACACUUUCCGGCAGUUUCUAAACCGGGACGACAUCGGCAUCAUCCUCAUCAACCAGUACAUCGCAGAGAUGGUGCGGCACGCGCUCGAUGCCCACCAGCGCUCCAUUCCGGCCGUGCUGGAGAUCCCAUCCAAGGAGCACCCCUAUGAUGCUGCCAAGGACUCCAUCCUGCGCAGGGCCAGGGGCAUGUUCACGGCCGAAGACCUGCGCUAGGGGACUCCCCUCAGCCAUGCGGCCUCUCCCCAGGCUUGCCAUCAGCCCUCCUCUAAGAUUCGAGCCUCUGAGUUCCGAUUCCCUGCCCCUUCCCACUCCACCGAGAGGCUAGGUGAGGUGCUUCCAGUUUGCUGGGGCUCUGCCAUUAAAAUCAAGGCUGGUUAGGGUA